AUGGCGCGAGAUAAAGGGGCGCGGAGGGGAGGGUUGGGACGAGGGGGAGAGGAGGAGGAGGAGGAGGAGGAGGAGGAGGGGGAGGAGGAGGAGGAGGAGGAGGAUGAGGAGGAGGAGGAGGAGGAGGAGGAGGAGGAGGAGGAGGAGGAGGAGGAGGAGGAGGAGGAGGAGGAGGAGGAGGAGGAGGAGGAGGAGGAGGAGGAGGAGGAGGGGAGAAAAUGUGAUGAGGGGGAUGAGCACAAUAAAUGA